AUGUCGAUCCCGCUGAUCCCGCUGCUGAUCCCACUGAUCCCGCAGAUCAAGGGCCUGGAGUGGCUCGUGUCCCUCUACAACAACAACCUCAACGGGAUCCUGGCGGACGAGAUGGGCCUGGGCAAGACCAUCCAGACCAUCGCCCUCAUCACGUACCUCAUGGAGCACAAACGCAUCAACGGCCCCUUCCUCAUCAUCGUCCCGCUCUCGACUUUGUCCAACUGGGCCUACGAGUUCGACAAGUGGGCUCCCUCCGUGGUCAAGGUCUCCUACAAGGUGAGUCCACGUGGUUUUCCC